AUGUAUGCACAGAAAGCGACGCCACGCCCGGAAACACAUAUGCCCGAAGGACCCAAGCCCAUUUUUCUACGUGUGGAUGAUAUCAGGAAUGACGAAAAGAAACAGGUCACAGACCGCGUCAAUUUGAUAUCCAAUGGACUGGUAAUCCGCGGAGCGACCGUCGCAAUCUACGAUGUGAAUCCUUUCACAAGGUCUAGGGACGAAAACCUCACCAGAGUGACCGUGAAAGAUAUCCCGCUGUCCGUCAGCGAUGAAGUCAUACGCAGUAUCGGAACGGUUCCGGUUGGUCGCGUUGAAACUGGAAUACUGAAGCCUGGUAUGAUUGUUAAAUUCGCUCCUGCUAACAUCACUACUGAAGUGAAGUCUGUAGAAAUGCACCACGAAGCACUCGACAGAGCGGAACCAGGAGACAAUGUCGGCUUCAAUGUCAAAAACGUUUCCAUCAAAGAUGUCAAGCGUGGUAUGGUCUGCGGUGACAGCAAGAAUACCCCUCCUGUUGCUGCUAAGUCGUUUCAGGCUCAGAUUAUCAUCAUGAACCACCCGGGGGAAAUCCACGCUGGCUACAGCCCGGUCGUAGAUUGCCACACAGCCCACAUUUCCUGCAAGUUCACUAAACUAAUCGAGAGGCUGGAUCGCCGAGGAGGCAAGGUGCUUGAGGAGAAUCCACAGAAGGUGAAGUCUGGGGAUGCUUGCAUCGCAGAACUGGUUCCUACCAAGAAGAUGGUUGUCGAGGUCAUGUCGGAGUUCCCUCCUCUUGGGCGGUUCGCCGUACGCGACAUGAAGCGGACAGUCGCCGUUGGUGUGGUGAAGUCGGUAGAGAGGGAAGAAGCUUCUACCGGCAAGGUUACCAAGUCAGCCCAGAAGGCGGGUGGCAAAAAGUGA